CGUGCCCACCCUGCCCCAGGUGUCUAUGUGUGUGCAAAGUGUGGCUACGAGCUCUUCUCCAGCCGCUCCAAGUAUGCACACUCGUCCCCGUGGCCGGCGUUCACUGAGACCAUCCACGCUGACAGUGUGGCCAAGCGCCCCGAGCACAAUCGCCCUGAAGCCUUAAAGGUGUCCUGCGGCAGGUGUGGCAAUGGGCUGGGCCAUGAGUUCCUGAACGAUGGCCCCAAGCGGGGACAGUCCCGGUUCUGAAUAUUCAGCAGCUCGCUGAAGUUCGUCCCUGCAGGCCAAGAAACUCCUGCCUCCCAGGGACACUAGGCGGGCAGUCCAGCCCUAGCUGCGAUGGCUGCACAUUCAGGCAGGGAGGUGGGCAAGGCUCACACCGCGGGAAGGCCCCCAAGGCCUCGGCUCCGGCUCCGAGGAGGGUCUCCUUGGGGAAAGCACAGUUGGCCGCUAGUGCGUGGCCGCCUGGCGCAGCCUUACCCUCCCACUGGGCGUGGCUUUUUGUCAUCCCCUUCCUUCUCCUCAGCCCGCCCCGCCUCCCUGUCUGGACCCACUCCUCUGGCUCCCCAUCCCAGGAUGGUUCUGCUUCUCACCCAAGCCUGUGCCCGCCUCCCGAGCUGUGUGAGGGGCAGACGGCAUGUGGAGGCGUCCUGGCCCGCUGCCCAGCCCUGGUCACUGCAUGAUCUGCUCUGGCUAAACCCUUCCAGGCCAGCCAGGGCGGGGAUGGUCCGUGGCCCGCUGGAGGCAGGCCAGCUGGCAGCUUUGGCCUCUGCGAGGGAGGAACCUGCCCUUGUUGCACAACCUGCUCAGAUGCAGCUUGCCUCACUCAGGCUGGGAAGCAGCCGUUGCUCCAUUUCCGUGGCACAGGCUGGGGACCCUGGUGUUCACGGGGACAGAGUUGUCCCUUCUCAGGACUCAGCCACUGUGCCUUACUGCACACGCUUGGGGCUCUGGCCGUCCAGGCGGGCGGGUGAUGCCGAAGCCCCCAGCUGUCUUCAGCCCUUUCCGAGUAAUCAGGCGGGACUUAAUAAACAAGUGUAGCCCAGA